GUUUUGAUUAGCUUUUUCAUUAGUCAGCUCAUCUUCUUUGCUUCACUAUAAAUUGGCUGCAAAGAAAAGGCUCUGUUUUGGUAAUUUUGUUUAACAACAUAGAUGAAGCUGUUAUUGUUGUUUACCCUCGUUGCUUUGGGUUACUCCAGCCACAUCGGUUACUCCGAUGAGGACGAGGUCCAGUGGGAACUCUUCAAGAUUGGAUAUGCAAGAGAGUAUGGAGAUAAGGAGGAUAAAACUAGAAAGGAAAUCUUCAUGAACAACCUCAACUUCAUCCGUUGUCACAACAAGAAGUUCGAGCAAGGAGAAGUUACCUUUACCGUAGGAGUCAACCAGUUCGCUGACUGGACCAGUGAUGAGAUCCAUAAGUUGGGCGGAUUUAGACCGCCCAAUAUUUACUACCCGAGAAGAAGAGCUACUGAGGAGUUUGAGAUCGACGAGAACCUCGAAGUUCCCAAGACUGUUGACUGGAGGAAGAAGGGAGCCGUAACCCCCGUCAAGGACCAAGGAAAGUGUGGAUCUAGCUAUGCCUUCAGUGCGACUGGCAGUUUGGAAGGGCAGAACUACAUAAAGACCGAAAAGCUGGUGUCUUUGAGUGAGCAGCAACUUGUUGACUGCUCAAUCUUUUCCGAAGGCUGUGAUGGAGGGGUUAUUAAUGGCACAUUCGAGUACAUUAAGUCAGCGAUGGGAAUCGAAUAUGAGUCUUCUUACCCCUACGAGGCUCAGAAAGGCACAUGCCGAAGAAAACUUUCUGAAAAAGUAGUAGAUUUCAUUAAGUACGUGGAUGUGACUAAAGGAAGUGAAAAGGCUUUGCAACAGGCUGUAGCUAAGAUUGGACCAAUUUCUGCCCUCAUCGACAGGAGGCACCAGGCCUUCCUGCUGUACAAGAGCGGAGUGUACAUGGAGCCUGCUUGCUCCAGCCAGGACCUAGACCACUACGUGUUAGUUAUCGGGUACGGAACUACCAGGAAUGGAGAAGACUUCUGGUUGGUGAAGAACUCCUGGGGAACCUCCUGGGGAAUGAGGGGAUAUAUCAUGAUGGCCAGGAACCACGACAAUAUGUGUGGUAUUGCCACCCAGGCCAGCUACCCCACAGUCUAGACCAUCACUUUACCAUGGCCAAUGGCCAGCUCAAAGUCUUUGCUUUGUUAUAUUAUAUGUAAAUAUAACUAUAUAAUUGGUUUAAAUACCUGCAUU